AAAAAAAGUCGUCAGCGAGCGUGCAACGAUUCGACUUUGUGUUGCAGUAUUAACAAUUGUUUUGGGCCAAAUUGGUUUAUAUACUUAGAAAUAGAACAAAAGUGAAAUGGGUUGUGCAACGGCUACGAUCAAAUAUCUGGUAUUCAUAUUCAAUGCCCUCUGCGCGAUACUUGGCAUUAGCGUAAUUGUGGUUAAUUCGAUUGCACUGAAAGAUGUCGCCGAUGAGACACGCCCCAUAAUUAUAUUGUUUAUUGUGACCGGCUCGAUUGUGUUUCUGAUCUCAUUCUUUGGCUGCUGUGGCGCCAUCAAGGAAAACCUAUGCCUCACCUGGACGUAUGCCAUCGUGCUGCUGAUCAUCUUGAUCCUGAGCAGCGUGCUGUGCUUUGUCUAUCUGAAGCGCAUCGAUGAGCAGACGUUGUCGCGGGAGCAACUGAACCAGGCCUGGGACAAGCAAAAGAAUGGCACCGAUGCCAUGUCCAUCUAUCAGACGAACCUGAAGUGCUGCGGCAUCAAUGGCCCCAUCGAUUAUACCAAGGCCAAUAUCACAAUCCCGCAGAGCUGUUAUGUCACCAAUAGCACCUCGACCACAUCGACGCACACGGUUUACCCCGACGGCUGCUUAAACAAAUUGAUCGAUUUCUACGAGCACGCCUUUAAGUUCGUUAGGGUAUUUGGCUGGAUUUUGAUAGCCGUUGAGGCCGCCGCCUUUGUGUGUGCCACCAUUUUGGGCAUCAACUUUAACAACGAGCAACGUCGUUCCAGAUAUUAGGAUAUAUACCAAAUACAAUCAACAUGUACUACUACUAUAUGACAUACUCCGAAAUGUUAACGAUGCUUGAGUAGAUACAAAAUAAAAUAUUAUUUAAGUUAA